AAUAUAAAGCAGCACCCAUCUUCUCCACUCAGCCUCAGCAGUCAGCAGCAUUCUCUUUCUCAGGGAGCCAACGCUUUUUCAACAAGCAAAUGUGAUCGCCAAUGGAAAGGGUUGCAAAAGAAGACAUUUCCCAGAGCGAAUUCCACAUAGCCCAAAGACUAUAAAAAGGGUAACAGCCAGGCCAAUAGAGGGCGGCCGCAUCCAUUCGGGAAUUCAUAAUCAUUCACACACCUAAAAUGGCAGCAACCAAGAUAAGCCUGAAGCUUUUCAUUGACAAAAAGAGCGAACGCGUGCUCUUUGCUGAAGCAAACAAUGAUUUUGUUGAUUUCCUCUUCAACUUUUUCACUCUGCCCUUUGGAAAUGUCACUGGGAUCCUAAAAGAGAAAGGCAUGGGAGGCUGCUUGCCAAGCCUCUUCAAGAGCAUUGAACAUCUCAGCGAUGCUUACUUUCUGCCAGACCAACCCAAAGACUUUGUGUUAAAUCCCUUUGUAGCCAUUCCUGGUCCUAAACUCCCUCUCCCCUUGCCGAACGUUCAGUCAUUUAGAUAUACGGAAUCGAGUGAUCGUUGUCGUUCGGGUUGCUCCCGCUGUCGGAUCCAGGAAAGGUUAUAUUGCAACACCAGACUUUGUUCUUCGUGCACUGCUACAGUGAAGACUGAUUUUUCUGACGGUUGCUCAAGCCCGGCAUCUUCGAGUGAUGAAGGUUACGUGAAAGGGAUGGUUACAUACAUGGUGAUGGACGAUCUGGAGGUGAAGCCCACGGUCAACAUCUCUUUCGUGACUCUGCUUAACGAAUUUAAUGUUGAGGAUGUAGGCUCUAUUGAGGAGAAAGUGGUCGAAUUAGGCAUGAAUGAGGGAGUGCAAUUGCUCAAGGCUUCCCUCCAAUCAAAGACUGUUUUGACUGAUAUCUUUCUUCAGGCAGAGACCGUUGGAACUGAGGAGUCAAUCAAAUAUGAGGGGGUAUAAGGGACCAAAUGGAGGCAGUUGUAUCUUAUAUUGGUCUUUCAACUUCUUAUGUUCUUUAACUUCUAGGUGUUAGAACUCUGUGUGAUUAUUUAUCCAUAAAAGUAUUUGUGAGAUUGCUAAUUAUGUUUUUUUUUUUUUUAGUUGCAAUCAUGUUUCUCUUUUCCCUUGUCGUGACCGACUUGUAAUAUUCCAUGUUAGUCAAAGAUGGUGUGGCAAUUUGCGCUUUUUUCU